AGACUGGACAGGGUUUUCCGUAUUCCGGACUGGACAGGUUUUUCCGAAAACCCUACAGACUCCUAGAGUUUGCACACAGCCAGAAAAUUACCUUGGCCAAUACACACCACCGCCACAAACUGUCAAGAUGUGCUACGUGGCACUCACCCAAUUGAGAGGUACACAAUCAGAUUGACUUUUUCCUUGCACCACGUCGUUUCAAAUUAAGCAUCAACAUGGCUAAAACAAGGACAUUUUCAGGAGAGGACAUCGGUAGCGACCAUGACAUGGUUCUACUGAAUUUCAAGCUUAAGUUAAGAAGUCAGAAGAAACAGAAGAACCUCGGAUCCGUUACGACCUGAGAAAGCUACAAGACCCAUUCAUAGCUGCAGACUUCAAAGCCCAACUUGGCGGCAGGUUUGCAGCACUUAACCAGUACUUCAUGAAGACAUCGAUACCCUCACUGAAAACAUCAAGGAAGCAAUGCAUGAAACUGCUGCAAAGUACUCUCCAAGCAGAGGUUGGUGGGAAAAAUCGUGACCUAUUCCUAUCAUAUUUUUUUUGACCGGCCUUCCCACCAACCUCUGCUGGGGAACGGAGGCUCAAAGCUAAUUAGCAGCUAAUCGCUAUCCUAUCAAACUCCACUUACCACUACUGGCAACCUCACUUGGCGUGUAGAUGUGAAUUACGCCCUCCCGACCAUGGAAGCCAAAAUCCCGACUUCCUGGUUGCGACAUGGCCCGGCGAUUUUCCGUUACUUGUCAACUUCAGGUCAGCUCAGUUUGAAUGUCUAACGGACGACUACUAACAUGGAGGAAAGAGUAAAGCGAGUUUUUAACGAUUUCUGGGGCUUUGAAGUCAGCAAAGACCAGCUGACGGCCGUGUUGGCAGUUUUAGAAGCCAAGGACGUCUUCGUGGGAAUGGCUACGAAGUCUCUAUGCUUUCAGUGCGUGCCGCUGUGCUUGACUGAACCAAAAGUUGUUGUGGUUGUAUCACCGCUACGAGCGCUCGUUAGUGACCAGAUCCACCGUUUCCAGACAGCUACUGGUUACAAAGCUAUCCAUUUGAAAAGCAUGGAAGAGAUCAAGCGGUACAUGGAAAACCCUGACAAAGAUGUUCGUCUGGUUUUCAUGGCACCUGAGGAGCUUACCUCACCAGUGGGGAAAACCCUGAUGCAGAAUCCUCCACUUCCCAUAGCGCUGGUGGCUGUUGACGUUAGGCACACACUAUUCCAGAGUGGGGAACAGACUUCAGGACAGCCUUCCAGAACAUUGGAUCUCUGUGGGCUGGAUUGCCAGGAACACCAUUCAUGGCUUUGACAGCUACAGCCACCGCUUCAAAAGGCAGUCCUGAAAUCACUCCACAUGAGUGACCCCAGGAACCCAACUAAAGUUCCGACCAUCAUCAAGGGGAGCCUAGACAGAAAGAACAUCUUUCUGGUCCCGAAGAAAAUCUACAGCAUAAAGGAGGACCUUGGCCCUCUGAUCCACAUGAUCGAGAAAGCUGAGGAUGCAGCCAGCAUAGAAAAACACAUUGUCUAUGCUGGUAAGAAACAAAAGUGUAUAGAUAUAUGGGAACUCUUAACCGCAGCAUGCAAGUCCACCACCCGAGGAACCGUAAGGACGUUCCAUGCGGACAUGUCACGAAAGGCAAAGGAUGACAUUCUGCAGGGCUUCAGGGAUGGGAGAAUACGGAUCAUAGUGGCCACAGUUGCAUUUGGCAUUGGCAUCGAUUUCCCUGAUGUGAAAGGUGUGGUCGCAUACGGAAUGCCAUCCACAAUUGGCCAGCUGUACCAGCAAAUAGGUAGGGCAGGAAGAAGAGGGGACCCCGCCCAUGCAGUCCUAUUCUUCAACAAGGCAGACAACACCACACAUGGUCCAAUGAAAGACAUCUACAAGGCUGACUGCCCAAGGAAGGCAAUUUUGAACCACUUGGGACAGGAGGCGCCAGAUCUGCAUGAAAGGUGCUGCUCUGUGCACAACACUGAAGAUCAGGACUGCAUAUUUACAGCAGAUACGAGUGAGGGCACAGAAAACAACACAAAGAGAAGGCGACCCCGACCCAAGCGGAGACAGGACACAGACAAUGAAGACAGACUAGAAGCAGAGCUGCUAAUGCUUCGUGAUGAAUGGUGUGAACAACGUCCAGAACUCUUGUUGAUUGGACCAUGCGGGAUCAUGUCUGAUGAUACAGUAGAAAGAAUUAAGACCGACUGUCACACUAUUCAUACAUCUGAGGACCUUAAAAUGGUCAAAUGCAUUACAGGAAUGUCAGAACAUUAUCUCUAAACAAUCAUAGCAACAAUUGACAGACUCAUC